CUGAUUAAGUGGGUUUCGGAAAGCCGUGGACGAAGGACUUUGGGUCUGUCAUUUUUUCCUAUUUUGUGCACGCCGUGUUUCUUUGGCGCUGAAUUUUUAAGAAUGUCCCCACUCUCCAGGUGAAGAUAUAUGUUGUGGCUCUCUGGUUUAUAACUUUUUAAAAGGUAGAAGACAUUAAACAAUAUUAUAAAAAAUGAGUUAUGAACAAGAUGUCCAGCAAUACGAGUCACAAGCCACCGAAGAUACUCGAGAAUGCGAGGCAAUGCGCAAAAUGUUUGUGGGUGGUUUGAAUAGAGACACCAGUGAAGAUGCUUACGCCGAAUAUUUCAGUCAAUUUGGAGCGAUGGAAGACAAAGUUAUUAUCACUGACCCGCAUACAAAGCAGUCGAGAGGUUUUGGCUUUGUGACGUUUGAACAAUCGGAAUCUGUCGAAGAAGUAUUUAAAUCCCGACCGCAUGAAAUUGAUGGUAAAACAGUGGAAGUGAAAAGAGCCAUGCCAAGAGAAUACAACACACCCGGUGCACAUUCUAAGACCAAGAAAUUGUUCAUUGGCGGUUUUAAAGGACUUGAUUUCGAACCUAAUGACCUGUUGUCAUAUAUUGAAUCACGUCAUCCAAACGAGCUUGGUGUCGUGGAAAAAGUUGACUUUGUAAAAGACAAGGAAACUGGACAAAAUAAAGGAUUUGGAUUUCUCGAGUGCUCCAAUUUUGAUUUUGCCGACCGUUUAGCAAUUUGUGAAAAUUCAUUCAUCCUCAAAGGAAGAGAAUUGUCUAUCAAAAAAGCAGAACCACAACCAGGUGCUGGUGGUCCUGGAGGCAGAGGAGGAGGUCGUGGUGGUGGUAGAGGUCGGGGUGGUUUUGGCGGUGGUUUUGGCGGUGGAAGAGGUGGCAACUUUGGUGGAAGAGGAGGUGGAGGCUUCGGAGGUCGAGGUGGGGGUGGUGGAGGUAGUUAUGGUGGAAGAGGUGGUGGUUAUGGUGGUAGAGGUGGUGGUCGUGGAGGGGGCCAAGGUGGUUAUGGUGGAGGUCAAGGUGGUUAUGGUGGAGGUCAAGGUAGUUAUGGUGGAGGUCAAGGUAGUUAUGGUGGAGGUCAAGGUGGUUAUGGUGGUGGUCAAGGUGGAUACGGUGGUGGCCAAAGUGGAUAUGGAGGCAAUCAGCAAAGUGAUUAUGGAGGUUCCAAUAACUACCAGUAUGGAGGCAAUCAAAACCAAGGCUACAGUACAGGAUACCCGCAGCAAGGGGGUGCUGUGCCAGGAUACGGCAAUAGCACUUACCAGGCGGGAGGCUAUCAGGGAGGUGGGUACAAUCAGCCAAGCGCUGGUAGUGACGCGAACCAGUCUACUGGCUACCAAUCUUUUGGAACUUAUAAUCAAAAUCAGUCUCCUGGUGGGUUUGCCGGUGGAAGAGGUGGCCGUGGUGGUGCUGGUGGCGCGGGUGGCACUGGGGGACCACAGCGAUAUCAACCCUACUGAACCGGAAAAGGUUUUUGUGGUAAGUUGUUUAAGUUCUGUAAGGAAAACGUCACGCAUACAUACGAAAAAAAUAAUACAUGGUUGAUGUACAUACGUGUAAAAUACUGACUCGUGAUGCGGGGAGAAAAGACAUGCUUAAAAAUAAGUAAGCAAGUAAGUAGGUAGCGGCCUCCGAACAAUGAGAUGGCGAUCAAACAGAACAAGCUUGUAUAAUUUAUUUUAAUAAAUAAAAUAGAAAAUGAUUU